UGGGCGCUCUGGGGAGUAUUGGCGGCAGGAACAUAGUUUAGGUGGUCACUGUACGAGGAACUGAUGGCGGAUCAGGGAGCUGGCGGGGAUUGUCCCCAGCAAGAGGGCGAGGGAGCCAGCGGAGGGGCCCCGGAAAGAAAUGGACGCAGGGAGAGCAGCGGCGGCGGCUCAGGUAUUUCAACGGAACAAAUCAUGCAGACUGGCAGCUUACUGCUGCGUGGGUUCAUAGCAGACCGGGUGGAGCGCAGUUCAGCACCAGAUACUGCUGCAGGCGUUCCAGAGCUGGUUGGGGUGGAACAGCUGCAGGCGAAUCCUUCCACUAAAAGACUGUGUGAAUGCCUUCGAAAGAUCGGAGAUGAGCUGGACGGGAACAUGGAGCUGCAGAGGAUGAUCGAUCAGGUCCGUGGCAACCCUCCCAAGGAGGUCUUCUUACAAGUGGCCACUGAAAUGUUUGCAGAUGGCAACUUCAACUGGGGACGUGUGGUAGCCCUGUUUUACUUUGCCUGCAAACUGGUUCUUAAGGCAUUGUGGUCUCAUGUGCCACAAAUGAUUCGCACAAUCAUAGACUGGACUAUGGAGUACCUUAGAAACCAUGUUGUCCAGUGGAUAAGAGAUCAAGGAGGCUGGGAAGGACUUCUGUCUUACUUUGGAACGCCUACCUGGCAAACUGUCGGGGUCUUCCUAGCUGGUGUUCUUACUGCCACUGUUGCCAUCUGGAGAUUAUCUUAAGACUUCUCUUCCAGUCCUAAAGCUUUCCGAAGCUUGUACUCAACAUCAGGAAGCACAAACUCAACCCACUCCAGCACUGACAAGUAAAGCUUGAAAGCAAGUGCUUCCAUCAGGGACUCCACCACACUCCACGAGAACAACCUAAGUGGCCGCCGGCGCCAGUUUCGGGAACACUUUUUUUUUUUUUAAACAUUGAAACGUGCCUUUUUAAUAUAUCAUGUGAAAUGGUUUUUAGUAAGCAUCUUUUGAUUUAAUACUUGAAUUUAUGCCCUUACCUUUCUGCAGCUUAUAAAAAACAAAAACUAAAAAAAAGUAUAUGUGUCAGAGGGUGAGGACAGUAGUUAAAGAAUGUGCAUUUAUCUCCCCUGCCCCUGGUUUGGUGGAUUAGUUAUGGGAUUUAAAUGUCGACCUUGCUGAGUUUGCACCUUUUAGGAAGAUAAAUUCCGUUAUUUAAGUAAUGGGAAAUGGUUACAGCUUCAGUUAUGCACAAAGCUGCAUUGCAUGUCAAUAUCCAUAGUGCAGUGGAUCAUGUAUGUAGGUGAAUGCUGCUGUCUCGAAAUGUGAAACUGACUGGCCAAAGUCUCAUAAUGUUUGAUACCAGGUGGUACAGUAAAACAGGUUUCCCCACGUAUGUUCUGACGUCUGUUAGAAAUCCCAACGUUGGACUACGUUCGGUAAGAAGGCAUUUUACAUUUGGCUCAGUUAGGAAGUUAAGAUAUUUGAUAAAGUAGAAUUAUGUCUGUAUGUCAGACCUUUUACCUGUUGCUAAAUUAAUCACAUACUGAGUUUUUGCUAGUUACAGCAAGCCAGAUCCAAAUGCUAAUAAUGCAAUUGUUUAUGUCCCACAAAGAUGGAAAAAAUGCUCUGUGAUCUGCUGAGAAAUGUAUGAAUGAGUCCGUCUGUACCUUACAAAGCACCAUCUGUUCCUAGAUGAUGUGAAGGUGAUAACGGGUGCCUCUGCUGUCACAUAUAAAAGCUCCAAUGCAUUUAAAAUGAGGAGGCUAGUUUAACAGCCUGCCAGAGUGCACCAGAUUGGCCUAGCCGGAUCCUGCUGUUCACCACAUCACUGUUUUUUGUCCUGGUGAAACCCAGCACUCAUGCCAAAAAGUGUCCAAAUCCCAUUACAGUCAAUGGGCUUCGGCGGUGCAUGGAUCUAUCAGGCUGUGGUGCAGUCCAGCUGUGGUAAAACUACGACUCCCAAGAUGCACACUUGCUUGGCUGUUCUCAGAACUCCAUAGAAAUGAAGAGCAUGCUGGGAAUCGUAGUUUCACCACAGCUGGAGUGCCGGAGGGAAGCACCUUUGCAAAAAAAAACCCUUUUUAUUGUGUUAAGUCUACAGCUGUAAUGCAGGUUGGUAUCCUGUGCUGUCAGAAACUGCAGGCAUACCCCCUUCAGUCUGUCCCCUACUUGUUGCUAACUUACAUUUGCUAGAUUAGUGUGAAGUAGGGAAAUGAUGGAAGUACAACUGCAAGAUUAGUGUUUGUAGUUUGUAAGCAUGGGGUUCUCUAGGUUUAUAUGAACACGUGGACACAGAUGCAACCGAGUAAUAAAAAAACAGUUACAAAGGUAUACUCAACCUAAAAAAAGCACAAGAAAUCAGAUAAACCUAUUUAAGAAAACCCUUUUUGUUUCCCCCCACCGAUUGAAAAUAUCACAAUUUCCUGCUAGUAUUCUACCCUCGUACCUAAAGGGAUUGUAUGGGAUCAGAAGAACUUUCUUCUAGAAGACGCACUAUUCUUGAUUCUUGCCCCUGGGCUGUUUUCUUCAGUCCCACAUAUUUGAAUAGUACAGCGUUACUAGACAAAAUCCAUGGGCAGGAGUGGCACUGUUUCUGUAUUAAAACGGUCUUUUAAAAAAAAAAUAUAUAUACUGUACUUUAAAAUCUCUACAGCCGGCGUAUUGUAUUUGAGUCUGUUGUGAAAUGUAGAAACAGUGCCACCUGCUUGCUACCAGCAGUAUAGCAGGUGCCAUUGGUAAAUAUUGAGCAGUAAGGCUGAGUUCACACGGGCGAGAUUUCCGCGCGGGUGCAAUGCAGUAGGUGAACGUAUUGCACCCGCACUGAAUCCUGACCCAUUCAUUUCAAUGCGGCUGUGCACAUGAGCAUU